AUGAUGAUUCGCCAGGUGGCCAUAAAGAAGAUGAAGCGAAAAUUCUAUUCCUGGGACGAGUGCAUGAACCUGCGGGAGGUCAAGUCGCUCCGGAAACUGAACCACCCGUGCGUCGUCAAGCUAAAGGAGGUCAUCCGGGAGAACGACGAGCUGUAUUUCGUUUUCGAGUUCCUGGAAUGCAACCUGUACCAGCUGAUGAAGGACCGCUCCAAGCUCAUUCCCGAAUCCAGAAUUCGGAACUGGACGUACCAGAUAUUCCAGGGCCUGGCGUACAUUCAUAAGCAGGGGUUCUUCCACAGGGACAUGAAGCCAGAGAACCUGCUUGCCUCCAAGGACUGCGUGAAGAUUGCGGAUUUCGGGCUCGCAAGGGAGGUGCGAUCCCGCCCCCCCUACACCGACUAUGUGUCUACCAGAUGGUAUCGGGCGCCAGAGGUGCUGCUUCGGUCGCCGUACUACAACGCCCCGAUCGACCUCUUCGCCAUGGGGGCCAUCAUGGCAGAAGUGUACACGCUGAGGCCACUGUUCCCCGGCAGCUCGGAGGCCGACCAGAUAUAUAAGCUGUGCAGCGUGCUGGGCACGCCCACGCGUCAAAACUGGCCGGAGGGGCUCCAGCACGCGGCGGCCAUGCAUUUCCGGUUCCCGCAGUUCGCGCCAACGCCCCUGUUCAAGAUCAUCCAGAAUGCCUCGCAGGAGGCGCUGGACCUCAUGGGGGCCCUGUGCCACUGGGACCCCAAUCGACGCCCCACGGCGGUGCAGUGCCUGCAGCACCCGUACUUCCAGGCACGUUCCGGGCACAUUCCAGGCACGUUCCGGGCACAGUCUGGCUGUUUUGGGCGCAAGGGGCGGAGAGCGAGAUUUGAUCCAUAG